AUGGUAGAAGCUAAGUCCUCUAAUCCAAAGUCCUCUAAUCCAAUCAAUCAAAGCAAUGGUGAAAAAAGGAUGGAAGAUAAAGUGAUUAUGAUUGAAAAACCUAAUACCUCUCAUCCAAUUAAACCAAAAAGCGACAAAGACAGGAUCGGGGAAGUAGGCUUGCUCUCAAUGGUUUUAUGUGUGACAGUGAUUAUGUUCCCUACAGUAAAGGCAACAUCAGUUGUUGAUGAAGAACAUUACCCCGGCUUGACAGUUUUGCUCUUCGUUUAUGUUUUAUUUUUUCAAUUAGCGAUAGGUGGUUCUACAUUAAACCACCCUGUUAACAAUAGCAUCUUUUAUGUCUUAUACAUGCUGUUGUUUACGAGUGUGGUAUCGGUUAUAGCAUCGGGCCUUGUUUCGAAGACGGCUGCUAUCAUCAUUUUGAUCUUAUGGGUGCAUAUGAUCGGUUUCACGGUGGACCAUAACUGGCAAGUGAUUAGUAGUGUUGAUGAAGAAGACUCGAAAAGAUUUUGGAAAUUUAUAGCAUUUAUUUGUGUCAUUUCCCUACUUUGCAGUAUAAAUUCCACAGUAAUCUUUAAAGUUUGUUACAAGUUAGUUGUGGGUACCUAA